AUGCAUAAAUAUACACAAGUACAUCUAUUUUUCUUUUUUCGAUAUGUUCAUGUAUAUUAUAUAUUUAUUUAUUCAUAUCUUUUUUAUUUAAAUGUGCAAUAUAUGAUAAAUAAGAAUAAAUCGUUGAAAAAUUAUAUAGGAACAACGGAAAAAUAUAUAGAAAUACGAGAAAGUUGGAAACACACAGAGUGGAUAAAUUGGAUGAAUCAAUUGGAAAAGGAGUGGAAAGACUUCAACUCCGUCCUAGUAAAAGAAAAAAAAAAAUGCCUUGCAAUAAAAGAACAAAAAUGGAAUAAAUGGAUCAACAAUUUGGAAAAAAAAUGGAUGGACUAUGACCAAGACAUUAUUAAAGAAUGUAAAUCAGAUAUAUUCAAAAACUCUAAGUUAUGGGAUGAAUCAGAUUGGGUAAUAUGGAUUGAAACUGAAGGAAAACAACAUAUGCAGAAAGACUGUGAGAAUUGGAUUAAACAAAAUCGUUAUUGUUUCAAUGAGUGGAUUAUGAAGCAAUGGGUAGAAUGGAAAAAUAAAAAAAUAAUGCAGUGGUUUAUGAACUCUUGGAAAUAUGAAGAAGAUGAUUACUGGGAAUCAUGGGAACGCCGUGGAUGUUUCGAAAAAUGGUUGAAUAAGGCAAAGAGAAAAAAGUGGGCUCUUUGGUGUCAAAGAAAUGACCGAGAAACAGAACAGUGGAACAGAUGGGUUAAGAGUAAAGAAGUUUUUUAUAAAAAUUACGUGAUUAGUAAAUCUAUGGAAUGGGAAAACGAAAAGCGUAUGCUUUUUGAUCAUUGGAUGAAAUACUUUAUUAGUAAGUGGAUAGAUAAAAAGCAGUGGCUUGUGUGGGUUAAGAAGAGACAUAAUGCAAUUAACAAAAUAAAUGUUCCCAUAAAAAAAAAAAAAAAAAAAAAAAACUAA